AUGGUUAAUCAACGGGGACAAAAAACGGACAAGUUGGAGCUUUUAUUCGAGAAAAUCACUCGACAAGAUUUAGUCGAAUCCAAAUUAGAUAUUGAGGUCCAUAGAGAAGACCCUAAUUUUCCUCUUUAUUCCGUUAAAAAUUUUGAAGCUCUACACUUAAAACCAAAUUUAUUAAAAGGUGUUUAUGCUAUGGGGUUUUAUGUUCCAUUGAAAAUUCAGGAAAUUGCUUUACCAACACUACUAGCAGAUCCUCCGCAAAAUAUGAUUGCACAAUCUCAGCCGGGAGCUGGUAAAACUACUGCUUUUGUUUUAGCAAUGUUAAGUAGAGUUGAUUCAACUAAGAAUUAUCCACAAGUAUUGUGUCUGAGCCCCGCUUAUGAACUUGCAGUUCAAACUGCAGAAGUUGCAGCUGAAAUGGCUAGAUUUUGUCCAGAAAUAAAAUUAAAAUGUGUUAUUAAAGGCGAAGUGCCAAAGAACACCAAAAUUACUGACCAUAUCCUUAUUGGUACCCCACUUAAGAUGUUAAGAUGGGCAUUUAAGUUUGGUAUGUUUGAUUUGAACAAGAUUAAAGUGUUCGUAUUGAAUGAAGCAGAUGUUAUGAUUGAUCGUUCAGGGCAUCGACACCAAUGUAUCCGUAUCUAUAAACGCCUUCCUCCAACGUGUCAAACGAUUUUAUCUUUUGGUACCUAUGUUGGUGGUGCUACGAAGUUCAUUAAUAUAGUACCCAAACCAAUAAUAAUCAGAUUACUGAGAGAGGAAGAAGUCUUAAACAAUAUAAAACAAUAUUAUAUCAAAUGUAAAAGUCCAGAAGAAAAAUAUAGAGCUAUCUGUAUCAUUUACGGUGUGAUAACAAUUGGACAAGCCAUUAUAUUCUGUCAAACAAAGAAGACAGCUAGUUGGCUUUCAGAAAAAAUGUCAAUUGAUGGACAUUCCGUCGCUGUCCUAUCCGGUGAGCUUAAAUUUGAACAAAAACUUGCAGUUAUUGACAGUUUCCGACGAGGCAUUGAAAAAGUUUUAAUAACUACUAAUGUCCUUUUACGUGGCAUACACUUUCAAAGAGUUACUCUCGUAGUCAACUUUGACAUGCCAAUGGCCAUGAAGGAAAAAGCAGACUGUGAAACAUACUUAUACGCGAUCGGCCGAACUGGAAGAUUUGGCAAAGCUGGGAUAGCUAUAAAUCUCAUUGAUUCCCCCCAAGCUAUGGACAUAUGUCUUCAAAUAGAAGCACAAUUUGGGAAGAAGAUUCAACUUCUAGAUAUACAAGAUGCAGAGGAAAUAGAAAAAAUUGGUGCCUAUAAUGCCCUUAACCCUUACUAAUAUCGUAAAUUUGACAUACGUAACUGGUAUUGAGGGGGCCGUGCGGCUCCUAUUAUAUGUUUGCUUCUAGCAAGUAAAUUUCAACUAUGUACUUGAUUAAAUGGUCAGGAAUAAUAAAUAAUAGGCUUGUUUUAUGUAA